GCGUCGCUGAGAGUUUGCCAGGAGCCAGUUGGUGGUUUCAGUUUCGAGAAUUGUCGAAGGAAUGCAUUUAUUGAAGCUGAACUUACAAAACAAGGUUUGAAAGUUUUUGAAGCAAGAAAAACUGGCACCACUAUUGCAGGAGUUGUAUUCAAGGAUGGAGUCGUGCUGGGUGCUGAUACGAGAGCAACUGAAGGCAUGAUUGUCGCUGACAAAAACUGCUCCAAGAUUCACUACAUUUCUCCUAAUAUUUAUUGCUGUGGUGCUGGGACUGCUGCAGACACAGAGAUGACCACUCAACUGAUCUCAUCCAAUCUGGAGCUACAUGCUUUAUCCACUGGACGCCUUGCACGUGUGGCCACUGCAAAUCGCAUGCUGAAGCAAAUGCUUUUCAGAUAUCAAGGAUACAUUGGUGCAGCACUUGUACUUGGUGGAGUAGAUUGUACAGGCCCUCAUCUGUAUAGCAUUUAUCCACAUGGAUCCACUGACACAUUACCAUAUGUAACUAUGGGUUCUGGAUCUUUGGCUGCAAUGGCCGUAUUUGAAGAUUGCUACAAGAAAGACAUGGAGGAAGAAGAGGCUAAGCAACUUGUACGGGAUGCCAUUGCUGCAGGUAUUUUCAGUGAUCUGGGAUCAGGAAGUAACAUUGAUUUGUGUGUGAUAACGAAGAAUAAGAUGGACUACCUAAGACCUUUUGAUAUUGCCAAUAAAAAGGGUGUACGGCAAGGAAGCUAUAAGUACAGGAAGGGGGUAACAGCAUACCUAACGGAAACAGUUGCUCCAGUGGAACUUGAAAUUAUGGAGGAAGUUGUACACACAAUGGACACAUCCUGAAGAUUGCAACCUUUUUUAUACUUCCUCAAUUUGGAUGUACAUUAAAGCUCUAAGGUGUCUUUACAUUGAAUUAAGUGUGUAAUGACUGGAGACCAGUUCAAUUUUUACAAAUAAAGUUCGUCUCCAAGAUUUCCUUAACAU